UUGAUCAAAAUGCCCAAACGACGUGCGGACGAAACUGUGAGACUGGCCAGUGCUGUAAAUGAGAAAAGACGACAAGCACAGAGGACACCUGGCUCGAAUCCGAACCCACGGCAAGAAGUUGUACAAAUUGAUGACUCUUCCCCAACUUCAGGUGAAGUAAAUUUUCAAUCUAACAUUAUUUUGUCCGCCCAUGUUUCUCAAUCUAUCAAAGAGAAAAUAUGGUGCAAUAAUUAUAUAGAAUUACAGCAUCUGCUUCCUAAAGUUAAACCAGAUUCUGCAGGAAAACAAAAAAUACAAUUUGAAAAUGGUGAGCUGAUCCUAUGUCCCAAUGAACAAUCGCCCAAAAGUAUUGAAAACAUUGAAUCUUGGACAGAUGCUUUCCAUAUCUUUAUUGCUAUAUAUAUACUAAAGCAUCCUGAUGAAAUUGGCAAUUUGCUACAAUAUAUGGCAAACAUACGACAGGCAGCAACCAGGCAUAUUGGUUGGGCCGCCUACGACUCUAGCUUUAGGCUGAAAAAAUCGAAUCUUUAA